AUGGAGAAGUUAAUUGUUUUCUUGCUUCUUUCAUCAAUGUUGAUUCAACCUUUCACGGCUCAGUGCCCAGGAUUGAAAGUUACAUGGCCAGAACUUGUUGGGGUACCAGCAAAGUUCGCUAGAGAAACAAUUCAAAAGGAAAAUUCAAGACUAACUAUUGUUCCAAGUAUACUAAGUGGUUCUCCAGUUACAGCAGAUUUUAGUUGUAAUCGAGUUCGUCUUUUUGUUAAUGUCUUGGAUAUUGUUGUACAAGUUCCCCGGAUUGGUUAG